CCGCCACAGCCGCAGCCGCAGCGGGCACAGAGCAGGUAGAUGGCCCCCCCAGGGCAGGCCCUGCGGACACCCCUCCCUCCGGCUGGCGGAUGCAGUGCCUAGCGGCCGCUCUUAAGGACGAAACCAACAUGAGUGGGGGAGGGGAGCAGGCCGACAUACUGCCGGCCAACUACGUGGUCAAGGAUCGCUGGAAGGUGCUGAAAAAGAUCGGGGGCGGGGGCUUUGGUGAGAUCUACGAGGCCAUGGACCUGCUGACCAGGGAGAAUGUGGCCCUCAAGGUGGAGUCAGCCCAGCAGCCCAAGCAGGUCCUCAAGAUGGAGGUGGCUGUGCUCAAAAAGCUGCAAGGGAAAAGCCAUGUGUGCAGGUUCAUUGGCUGUGGCCGGAAUGAGAAAUUUAAUUACGUAGUGAUGCAGCUCCAGGGCCGGAAUCUGGCCGACCUGCGCCGCAGCCAACCGCGAGGCACCUUCACGCUGAGCACCACGCUGCGGCUGGGCAAGCAGAUCCUGGAGUCCAUUGAGGCCAUCCACUCCGUGGGCUUCCUGCACCGUGACAUCAAGCCGUCAAACUUUGCCAUGGGCAGGCUGCCCUCCACCUACAGAAAGUGCUACAUGUUGGACUUCGGGCUGGCCCGGCAGUACACCAACACCACGGGGGACGUUCGGCCCCCCCGGAAUGUGGCCGGGUUUCGAGGGACUGUUCGCUAUGCCUCGGUCAAUGCCCACAAGAACCGGGAGAUGGGCCGCCACGAUGACCUGUGGUCCCUUUUCUACAUGCUGGUGGAGUUUGCAGUGGGGCAGCUGCCCUGGAGGAAGAUCAAGGACAAAGAGCAGGUAGGGAUGAUCAAGGAGAAGUAUGAGCACCGGAUGCUGUUGAAGCACAUGCCCUCCGAGUUUCACCUCUUCCUGGACCACAUCGCUAGCCUCGACUACUUCACCAAGCCUGAUUACCAGUUGAUCAUGUCGGUGUUUGAGAACAGCAUGAAGGAACGGGGCAUCGCUGAGAAUGAGGCCUUUGACUGGGAGAAGGCGGGCACCGAUGCCCUCCUGUCCACAAGCACCUCCACUCCACCCCAGCAGAACACGCGGCAGACGGCAGCCAUGUUCGGGGUGGUCAACGUGACGCCGGUGCCCGGGGACCUGCUCCGGGAGAACACCGAGGAUGUGCUGCAGGGCGAGCACCUGAGUGACCAGGAGAACGCACCCCCAAUCUUACCUGGGCGGCCCCCCGAGGGGCUGGGCCCCAGCCCCCACCUGGCCCCCCACCCCGGGGGCCCUGAGGCUGAAGUCUGGGAGGAGACGGACGUCAACCGGAACAAACUCCGGAUCAACAUCGGCAAAACGCCUUGUGUGGUGGAAGAGGAGCAGAGCCGAGGUGUGGGGGUCCCCAGCUCCCCGGUGCGUGCCCCUCCAGACUCACCGACAACCCCGGUCCGUUCUCUUCGCUACCGGAGGGUCAACAGCCCUGAGUCUGAGAGGCUUUCCACAGCGGAUGGGCGCAUAGAACUGCAUGAGAGGAGGUCACGGAUGGAUCUGCCCGGCUCACCCUCGCGCCAAGCCUGCUCCUCGCAGCCGGCCCAGAUGCUCUCAGUGGACACAGGCCACGCCGAUCGGCAGGCCAGCGGCCGCAUGGACGUGUCAGCCUCCGUGGAGCAGGAGGCCCUUAGCAACGCCUUCCGCUCGGUGCCGCUGGCCGAGGAGGAGGACUUUGACAGCAAGGAGUGGGUCAUCAUUGACAAGGAGACAGAGCUCAAGGACUUCCCCCCGGGGGCCGAGCCCAGCACGUCGGGCACCACGGACGAGGAGCCCGAGGAGCUGCGGCCGCUGCCUGAGGAGGGCGAGGAGCGGCGGCGGCCAGGGGCAGAGCCCGCCGUCAGGCCCCGGGGACGAGGCAUGCAGACGCUGACUGAGGAGGACCCUCGGCAGAUUCCAUCCCAGCCCCUACCACCCCCGCUCAGCCAGGCUGAUGGCCGGUCAGAGGCGUCGCAGCCCCCCACGCCCGGCAGUCCUUCCCACUCACCCCUGCACUCGGGACCCCGCCCUCGACGGAGAGAGUCGGAUCCCACAGGCCCGCAGAGACAGGUGUUCUCCGCGGCGUCCCCGUUUGAGGUCAAUGGUCUCCCACGAGCUGUGCCUCUGAGCCUGCCCUACCAGGACUUCAAGAAAGACCUCUCUGAUUACCGAGAACGGGCUCGGUUGCUCAACAGGGUCCGGAGGGUGGGCUUCUCCCACAUGCUGCUCACCGCCCCCCAGGUCCCACUGGCUCCUGUUCAGCCUCAAGCUAAUGGGAAGGAGGAAGAGGAGGAGGAAGAGGAGGAGGAGGAGGAGGAGGAAGAGGAGGAAGAAGAGGAGGAGGAAGAAGAGGAGGAGGAAGAAGAGGAGGAAGAGGAGGAGGAGGAAGAGGAGGAGGAGGAAGAGGAGGAGGAGGAGGAGGCAGUGGUUCUAGGGGAGGUGCUGGGGCCUCGCAGUGGCUCCAGCAGUGAUGGGAGCGAGAGGAGCACGGACCGGAGCCAAGAGGGUGCCCCUUCCACGCUGCUGGCUGACGACCAGAAGGAGUCCAGGGGCCGGGCCUCCAUGGCCGACGGGGACCUGGAGCCUGAGGAGGGCUCCAAAACGCUGGUGCUCGUCUCCCCCGGCGACAUGAAGAAGUCGCCCGUCACUGCCGACCUGGCCCCGGACCCUGACCUGGGCACUCUGGCUGCCCUCACUCCUCAGCAAGAGCGGCCCCAGCCCACCGGCAGCCAGCUGGACGUGUCGGAGCCAGGCACCCUGUCCUCUGUCCUCAAGUCUGAACCCAAGCCUCCUGGGCCCGGAACAGGGCCGGGGGCCGGGUCAGUGACCACAGGGGCGGGAGGAGUGGCCGUGACCUCCUCACCCUUCACCAAAGUUGAGAGGACCUUUGUGCACAUUGCAGAGAAAACCCACCUCAACGUCAUGUCUUCCGGAGGACAAGCCUCCCGGUCUGAGGAGCUGGGCGCCGGGGGCGAGCUGGGCCCGGAGGCGCCCCCUGACGGGAGGGCUGUGGAGGAGGCGGCCUCCGUGCCCCUGGAGAACGGCGAGGCCCAGUCGGGGCUGGAGAGCUGUGCUCUGUCUGGACGCCCGGGGGAUGGCCCCUUGGAGGUGGUCACGGACUCCCUGCCCAAUGGCCAGGCCCUGGCCAACGGGCCAGCCCCGGCGUCCCCGCUGGAGCCAGGCCCCGAGAAAGUGGCCACCGUCUCCCCCAGCCGCCAGGCCAGGCCAGGCCCUCGCCCCAGGAGCCGGAUCCCUGUCCUGCUGUCUGAGGAGGACACAGGUUCGGAGCCCUCGGGCUCCCUGUCGGCCAAAGAGCGGUGGGGCAAGAGGGCCCGACCACAGCAGGACCUGGCGCGGCUGGUGAUGGAGAAGAGGCAGGGCCGCCUGCUGUUGCGGCUGGCCUCGGGGGCCUCGUCCUCCUCCAGUGAGGAGCAGCGCCGGGCCUCUGAGACGCUCUCGGGCACGGGCUCGGAGGAGGACACGCCUGCCUCGGAGCCUGCCGCCCCCAGGAAGGCCGGGCGGGCCGCCGCCGCCACCCGGAGCCGGAUUCCCCGCCCCAUCAGCCUCCGCAUGCCCGCGCCUGCCGCCGCCGCCGCCCCGCAGUCCCCCGGCACACCCCACAGCGCCGCCCCCGCGUCGGACACAGCCAUCACCAGCAGGCUCCAGCUGCAGAAGCCCCCCGGGUCGGCCGUUCCUGCUGACCUCCGCCCCAAACAGCCCCCCGGCCGCGGCCCGGGCCCAGGGAGAGCCCCAGCCGCCACCAGGCCCCCCGCCCCGCGAAGCCCAGGCCCCUCCACCUCCGCCGCGCCGCGCCAUCCCAGCGCGUCCCCCCGGAGCCAGUCCCUGUCCCGCAAAGAGAGCUCCUCCCCUUCGCACCAGGUCCGGCCCGCAGGCCCCCCGCCCCGGGGCGCCCCGCAGGCCCGGGCCCAGUCUGAUGGCACCCCCUCUCCGGGGGGCCCCAAGAAAGGACCCAGAGGGAAACUCCAGACUCAGCGCGCAGCAACCAAAGGCCGGGCGGGGGUCGCGGAGGGCCGGGCCGGGGCCAGAUAAUGACGCGCGAGGCUCUCCGCGGCCCCCCACCCUCAC